AGGCAUUCCAUAUAUAUAGUUAUUAAUUGAUGUCUCUCUUCCUCUGCUCUUCUCUCGUCUGUUCGUUACCCUGUGAUAAUUCCUGUGACCGAUUUUAAUUCGAAAUCCCAUUAUCCAUCCGAAAGAAAUAAAUUACCAAACUCUUCACCUGCAUUCAUUCAUUGCAAGCCGCUCUUUCUUCUAUGCAUGCAGGUAGGUUCCUCUGUGCGUGCAGCUGUGCGACAUGACAUAGUGGGAGCGAGAGAGAGGCGCACACACCGAGAGAGAGAGAGAGAGAGAGAGUUACAGUCUUCCAUUCCAGCCGGUGAACACCGCACCACACCACACCACAGCGCCGCCGCCAUCACCUUAACUAAUGGCGCCUCGCUUUCCUUCCUUCUUAGGGUUCCAAGCUUGACUCGCUCACUGCCGCAUCUAUUCACCGAGUCUCUUCUCCGAGCUACCGUACGGACCUCACCCAGUGGCAUAUAUAAUAUAAUAUAUAUAUAUUAAGGGACGAAAGACAUCCAGAUAAGACAAGCACCAAUCGAGGAGUUCGAGAUGAGUAUGAGCUUGAUGAGGAACUGUGGUUUUGAUGUUGAAAUCGGAGAUUCAUGGAGACGGCGCGCCAUUGUUACUAGUUCGGCAAUGGUGGCGCUUCUGCUGCUGUUGACGAUUGCGAUUCCCACGGGUGUGGUUGAUGGCCCGUACAUAACAAGCAACAGCAAGCUCCAUUCUCUUCUUCACCGGAAGCUGCUUCGUCCAGCAUCGAAGGCGGAGGAAACAACCAGGAUUUGGGGAGAAAAAUGUACAGCAUCAGAUAUAGAGAUAAACCAAGGUCCUACGGCUCCACUCCCAGAUGGCACACCUGCCUACCUUGUCGAGAUCCUAAACGUUUGUGCCACCGGCUGGAACAUCUCCAACAUCCACGUCAAAUGCGGAUGGUUCAGCUCUGUCCGUCUCGUCAACCCCAGGGUCUUCAGGCGACUCUAUUACGAUGACUGUCUUGUCAACAACGGAGAGCCCUUGGCCUAUGGUGCUGGCCUCUCCUUCACAUAUGCCAAUACCUAUCUCUACCCACUCUCUGUCUUCUCAGUUUCCUGCUGAUGAUACAGAAGACUUCACAGCAGUUGCCAUGGACGGACUCCCUUCUGCAGGAUAUUUCUUUUGUUGGAUCAAUCAAACUUCACCGGCUUGAGUCAUUGGGACUCUCUUUGCUGCUAUUCUAUGUUGUGCUUGGGCUUCCCCCUGCUCGUACCGCAGGACAAUCCUUGGAUAUUGCAGAUUACUAUAGAGGAUGGAACAGAGUAUAUAAUAGGAGUUUUCGGCACUGAUACACGCAUUUCGACAGGCGACCCGAGUUGGACAGCCUGCAUGUCUUUUGAAUUACAGUUUGGACAGAUGGUUGAGUUGCAUUCUUUCGAGGCAUCUCUUGUGUAUAGUAUAGUAUGGUAUACUAUGGUAUGGUAUGGUAUGGUAUGGUAUGGUAUGGUAUAGUGGUACUUUGGUUCCCCUGAUCUGAAUGGGGAACUGAACUGAUGAUGAUGAGGAUGUUUGAAAGAGAGUGAUUUUUCCUUCUUGUGAUGUUGAACUUUUGAGCCUCUGAUGGCGGCGAGGCAUAGACAUUGCCACUAGUUUUAGUAACAUGAUAUUGCCAUGAAUUUGAGUAUGAUAA